GCACACUGUAAGCGGAAGUUGUUGGUAGUGCGCAGUGGAUGAAUGGGCUGGCUGUACAUAGUGCACAUCACUAGUAUGCACAGAGACGCAUAACGCUAUCUGUAAUAUACACAAUGAAGAGACCGGAAAGGAUUUAUUCAUCUCAGCUUUAAAUUUACGCACAUCAUUGAGUGUAAUAUAGUCAAAUGCAUUAGUGUAACCGGACAUUCAUAUAUACAUACUGCAACUGAACCCUUUAAAAUCAAGAUAUCUAGUCUUUUGUAACUGGAUGCACUGGAAGUAUUUGCUAAUCUGCAUACCAUCUCUUAUUUUUCUCACCAAGCUAUAGUCGUGGUUGUUAUAAUGCAUUCACAUGGGUUGUCUCCAUGAUCAGCGGUUUCUUCGUCCUCCAUCAGUGUUGAUUUCAGCAUCAGCAGGUCAUCAUGAGGAUGAGACUGAAGCUGAAGACUGUGUUUGUCCUGUACUUCAUGGUGUCACUACUAGGACUCAUCUAUGCGCUGAUGCAGUUGGGUCAGCGCUGUGACUGCAGAGAUCAUGACAUGUCGAGAGAUGUGCAGAUCUCUCAGCUGAGAGGAGAGCUGCAGAAGCUGCAGGAGCACAUCAAAACAUCAGAGCUGUCAAAGAAGAAUGAUGUGCCCAAAAUUUUUGUGAUAACUCCCACAUAUGCAAGACUGGUGCAGAAAGCUGAGCUCACUCGUUUGUCUCACACCUUCCUCCAUGUUCCUCAGCUGCACUGGAUCGUGGUGGAGGACGCUCCUCAGCCAACUCCACUCGUUACAGACUUCCUGGCAGCAUCUGGCUUGACCUACACCCAUCUACACAAGCUGACCCCCAAAGACAGGAAGCUGCAGGAGGGAGAUCCCAGCUGGCUGAAGCCUCGGGGUGCUGAGCAGAGGAAUGAGGGUCUGCGCUGGCUCAGGGAGAUGGGAGCUGCUGCUAAGGGAAAGGAAGCAGCUGGCCUCGAGGAGGCCGUGGUGUACUUUGCUGAUGAUGACAAUACAUACAGCCUGCAGCUUUUUGAAGAGAUGCGGUACACGUACCGUGUCUCUGUUUGGCCUGUGGGUCUGGUGGGUGGGAUGAAGUUUGAACGGCCCGUGGUGGAGGAUGGGAAGGUUGUGCGUUUCCACACUGGCUGGCGUCCUAAUCGCCCGUUCCCCAUCGACAUGGCUGGUUUUGCCGUGUCCCUGAGAUUGGUACUGACCAAUCCCCAAGCACGGUUUGACGGUGAUGCUCAGAUGGGCUUCCUGGAAAGUAGCUUCCUUCAGAACCUGGUUACUAUGGACGACCUUGAACCCAAAGCAGACCUCUGCACCAAGGUGCUGGUGUGGCACACCCGAACUGAGAAGCCAAAAAUGAAGAGGGAGGACGCUUUGCAAAAGCAAGGGUUGGGUUCAGAUCCGGAUGUGGAGGUGUGAGCACCACCUCUUCAGAACAUGCCUGAACUUCACCAAACAUCAACACGUCCAUUGUGCCAAACAGAUCCUCUCAUUUAUGUGGCAAGAGGUGAAAUUGUAAUGUAGAAAAGAGACUGAAAAUUAGAUUUCUGAGCCACACACCAAAGGAAUGAGGAAACAGUGAUGAAUGCAGGGAUAAAAAGUGCAAGAGGCAGGAGCGAAGGAACCUGCGGCCUAAAAGAAAAUGGAGGUCUAUAAAUCAUUGCGCAUCCCAUAAACCAUCCUUACCAUUAGUACACUUGAACACUAUUUAAAGAGAAUUUUACAUAUGGUAUCAAUAAAUAAGAUGAGCUUGUAUUUAUAGAUUAGAAUUGUAUAGUGGGAGGUUUGCUUGGAAUAUAUUUAUAAUGUGAACUCAUUAUGUCUAUGCUGUCCAUGUAUCUGUCUGUACUUGUCUUCACUUAAAGUCUUAAAGUCUUAGAUUGUUUUUUCUCCUCACGGAUAAAUGGAGGAUAUGAAUAGGUCAGAUAUGGUGUCUAUUUAUGCCAUUAACGAUCUUCGUAGAAUCACAAUGCUGUGCUUAUCUUUAAUCCAGUUGUUACGUGGCAUUGGUAAAGCUUCAGGUAACAGAGGGUAAAGUACAGAUGAUGUCAAUUGACCCUGUGAAACAAAGGGUGAAAUUAUUUAAAGAAUGUGAAAACAUUGAGUUCUUUUGCACAUCAUCAUACUGGUGGUAGAUAGCGCAAGAAUGUAGCGUACAAGUUCGGUUUCAGCACAGUUUGUCAGAUUCCAUGCGCUGGGAGAGUUUUCUAUUUUAUUGCUCUUGAAAUCUACAUGUUUUACUAAAUCUGAAUGUUAAGAAUCUAAGGAUGCAAAGAUGCCAAAAGAAAGUUAAAGUGAAUUGAAUUGGCCACAACUUAGUUGAAUAGAGUUUAGAUUUUUAAGAAUAA